AGUGUGUCGUAAAACUGCUUUGCAGCAAUAAUGGCGGUCAUUCCGACACACCGCUUUCCGGCAGUGAGGAGAGCGGCGCUGUGGAGGUUUAUUAGGAUGGCCGCGGUUCCGACUGGGCCUGGCAGCGGAUCGCGGGAAGAGAUGAUUUCCUUCCCCGGGAAUGGGUGCCCUGUCCUGGGGGAACUGGAGAACCUCGGGCGGAAGCUGCAGGACUUGGUUGUGGCACCUACUGGCCAGAAACCACAUGUGUGCGGAUGUAAAGUGGGGCGAGGUAACACCCGGGAUUACCCGUUCUUGGAGCUGAACCAUCAGUGUGAAACGUUUGAGCGACGAAUAAAUGGCUUAAAUUGUGUCGGAGUGUCUGGUUUUAUCCAUAAACAUAAAGAGGAUGAGAGCUUGAAUGGACUUAAAGUGGCUGUAGAGCACUGGGACAGAUCCAGCUGCGUCCAGAACACCAGCAACCCAGAGCACAAACUAGGCUUACCUUACCAAGGCAUGAACAAGAGUAUAGUUACAUUAUCUCGAACUGAAGCCAGUCAAAGUCAUGCAAAUACUGGAUAUGAUCUUGGUACUAAAGUCACAAAAUGUUACCUAAGGACUGAUCAGGGACCUGAGGUAACAUCUCAGACUGUAUCUGCUGCUGAUGGACCAGUACUGGAGAUGUGCAGGUUAGACCUGAACCGUUCGCCUGCUACAGAACCGAACCAAAGUCAGGAUGUUGUAUAUGUGCACUAUGAGUCUGAGCUUCAGAUGCCAGGCAUAAUGAGACUGAUAACCAAGGAUCUGUCCGAGCCUUAUUCCAUAUAUACGUACCGGUACUUUAUCCACAACUGGCCACAGCUUUGCUUUCUGGCAAUGGUACAGGAGGUCUGUGUGGGAGCAAUUGUGUGUAAACUGGACAUGCACAAGAAGCUAUUUCGCCGUGGAUACAUUGCCAUGCUUGCUGUGGACUCCAAACAUCGUCGAAAAAACAUUGGCACUAACCUUGUGAAGAAGGCCAUCUAUGCGAUGGUGGAGGGAGACUGUGAUGAAGUGGUGCUGGAGACAGAGAUCACAAACAAGUCUGCUCUGAAGUUAUAUGAAAACUUGGGUUUUGUUCGAGACAAGCGACUCUUCAGAUAUUAUCUUAACGGUGUGGACGCUUUGCGGCUCAAACUGUGGCUGCGCUGAGCUCAGGCUCUGUCAAAGCCUCUCUUUCUUCAGUACGCUCACAGUCAAACACAAUUUAGACUGGGCACGAUCAAUCAAGGCCAUCUUUACUGGUUAAACAAAGUACUAUACUUGAUAUAUCUCUGUGAGAGCCAGGGAACGCAAAGGAAAAAAGUGUUAAAACACCACAAGUGUCGCAGCUCAAGUCCUCAAAGAAUCAUUUGGUAUGAAUUAGAGGUCUGCACGGGUCGGAUUUUUCAGUCCCGCCCGCGCCCGCAUUGUGCAGUCCCACUCGCGCCCGCAAAGAAUUAUGAUUUUCAGUCCCGUUCCCGCCCGCGCCUGCCAUAUUUUGUCCCGCUCCCGCCCGCAAAUCCCGCAUGAUGCAGACGUUCGCGUUAUUUCUCAGGAAAGUUCUUGUCUUGACACAGCGUGAUGGUGCCCCGCCCCCUACUUUGAGUGGAUUUGAGCAUAAAUAUCUACAGCUCACGUUUGUUAUUGUUUACCUUGUUUCUGAAUUCAGCAUGUAGUAUCUCUAAUAAUAAUAAUUAGGGCUGUCAAACGAUUAAAAUAUUUAAUCGCAAAUUUUUAUCACAUGAGAAACCAGUGUAAUUCUCUGAUCAGCAUAAAAAAGUGAAUGGACUUGCUUUGUAC